UGGGACUUCGCUCUCUAAGCAACAGACAGGCCGUAUAGGAAAAGGCAUUGCAGACGCCUGUUAUGUCAAAGCUCUGUUUUAGUGGUCUGUUGUUACGAUUGAGAAGCCCCGGGGUGGGAAGAAAGACUAAGUGGGUCUCCAAAAGAACCUGGAGUGAGUGAGAAGAGGUAAGAGAAGUGUAGAUUGUAGAAUGUACUUUUUAUAAUUGUAAUAAAGAAAUGGUAUAUGUGUUGUGUGAGUGAAAGUCCUGCAAUACCGCUGGAGGAAGGGAAAAAAGGUAGAAAAAAGAGUAGAGAAAUAGAGAAGUACUCCAGGCUGGAUAGAAAGCAGGUGGAAAAUGAGGCCUCAGACCCCAGAUACCGGCUACUAGACUAGACUAGCAGUCUAGUGGCGGCUGCAUUGGUGGGGACCCCUAAUAAAGCUGGAAAAGGAUUAGAUAAAAGAUAGAUAGAUUAGAUUCCAGGGCUGGAUAGAGAGGGGAAUAAAUCCUGGGCCCAGGUCCGGGUCGUGCAAUACAGCAUGCCCGGUGUAUGAAUGGAAUAUGUACUAACAAAUGUGUGUGCUUAUAAUAUAUGUGCUUAUAAUAUGAGUGCGGUGUGAGAGCAUGUAAGUUUUGGAGACAGGGAAAAUGUAUUUAUUAGUGCUCUGAACAUGAGCUCCAUACCUGAAGUAUUGGAUAAGUUGGAUAAGAUUCAGAGAAAAGAAUUUUUUUGGAGAAAGUUGGAUUUAAUUUGUAUGACUAUAAGCUCCAUGCAUACGGAGCUGGUAUGGAGGUGCUUAAUACUUUGAAAACUUCAUGUAGUAACAUAAAUAAGUGUAAUAAUGUGGAAUACAAUGUGUGUAUGUGAGCUUGCCUGCGUUGUUGAUAGAAAGGGGGGGUGUAUGUGUGUGUGUUCCUGUCCGUUCUUAUCUGUGCGUCUGUGUGGAAGGACAAGGAAAAAAAAAAAAAGGGGAAAAGGGUAAGACAAUUCGGUGUGUGUGUGUUCUUCAGAGUGAGCUGGGUAAUGCGGAGCAUUGUGAGAUAUCUUGCGGGCUUUGAAUGUUUCGAAUCCGGUACAUACUUUCGAUUGUGUGAUCCAGGAACAGGAAAACUGAAGGUGGGAGAAAAGUGUAUAUUGUCGGCCAUUAUUGAGAAAUCACUGCCACAGGGCCUAGACGGGGGAGGUUCCCAACUCAGGACGGGGAAAGUAGGCGGCUGCGGCAUCCACAGGGACACAAUGGAGCCCACGUGAAAGAGAUACAAAACGAUGCAGGAGUAAGUGAAAUUUUGUCCUGGUUAAAACGGGGGGCUCAAAAAGACGGUGCGGGGAUAUGGCGCAGUGUGGAAGGGUUGUGUAUAGCCCCAGUCAGCCUCCUCCCAUGCUUGAUCAAAGACGCCCAUGGCGUGGAUCAUGUCAAUAAGACUGAAAUGAUCCGGAAAAUCCGUCAGGAAUGGUGGUCCCCUCAGCUGGCCUCACAAGUGGACCAAAUGGUAAAUGUAUGUGCUGUGUGCAUCAACCACAACGUGCGAAAGAACCUCACCACCCCCUUAGGACAUAUUCCCCCGCCGACGGGGCCGUUUCGGCAUCUAAUGAUGACUCAUAUAGACAUGGGAGCGGAGUUACAGGUGGAUGGGAAACGCUUCCUUCUGGUAAUAGUGGACCACUUCAGCCGGUGGGUGGAGGUGACUGCUACUUCUGGGGAAGAUGUGGAGUCCGCCGCUAAAUUUUUAUGUUGUGAGGUCAUACCUCGAUUCGGUAUCCCUGAUUUUUUGAGUUCAGACAAGGGCAUACACUUCGUAAAUAACGUCCUUAAGAAUGUUGCAUCGGCCUUGAAGAUUGAUCAUAAGCUAGGAUGUGUAUAUCUUUCUGAGUCCCAAAGCGCGAUGGAUCCAGGGUACCGCACCCUAACUAAUAAUUUGGCAAAAAUAUGCGAUGAAUCACACCUAAACUGGGUCCAAGCCUUACCACUGGCUUUGAUGAAGAUACGAUCACAAACCAAUCAUAUGACGCACUUGACUCCUCAUGAAAUGCUCACUGGGCGCCCAAUGCCUAUGGCAUACACCGAAGGUCCAUACACAGAGCCGUCUGAGGCUCAAUCGGAGGGCGAAAUGCAGGAUUAUGUGCGAAUCCUCACUCAAAUUCACAGACAGUUAUAUUCACAGGUUAGAGAAGCGAUCCAUGGUGGGGACGGGGUACGGGAGGAUGUAUGUUUGGUGGCACCCGGGGAUAAAAUACACAUUCGUAUGUUUAAGGGGAAAAGCCCCCUCGGGGAACGUCGGGAAGGACCCUUCACUGUGGUCGCUGCAACAGCCUCGGCUGUGAGAGUUGAAGAGAGAGAUCAUUGGUACCACCUGAACCAGUGCGUCCGUGCCGGAGCAGGUACGGGACAGGGAGAACCAACAACCCCGGGCCCUGCCACUACAGGGCAGCCCAUGGAGGUGGAGGUGUUAACCGACAGCGACUCGGAUACCUCAUUUAUGGGUCCGGCCUACGGCACUCGAGCCCAGGCUAAACGACGGGCUGUGAAAAGGCUGGAUAGACCGGCCCAGUCGGAUGCCGGUAGCUCAACAGGCUCUUCGUUCCUCUCCUCUCCAUACGAUGAUAUUGACCCUGUUACCUCCCGCCGAGCUGAAGCGGGAGACGUAGCUGCCGUCCCGCUGGUAACCCCACCAGAGGCAGAAUUGUUAUCAACACUCGCCACUCUCUGGCAAUCUGAUAACCUUGAUGACCCCAUGCCUAUGAGCACUAUUGAUUUGGGUAUACUGCAGGCCCUUGAGGUACAGUUAAGCACACCUCCCCUCGUCCCCGUGCCCCCCUGAGCUCCGGUCUCCGCAGGGAUCUUUACACACUCCCCUACCAUUGGGUCGAGAGAACACUGGUUCAGUAGAGUAGCUGGGGUGGGGGCGCCUUAUACCAGAGGGCUAAGAGUUCCUGUUUAGACCAGAGGGUGAUGUUCGGAAGAACACACCGUCAUUGUAUAAUUUACUGAUCAUGAUCUAGACUGCGUACAGUCCUAUAUAUAGAGUGUGACAGGUCAAUAGCUUGCGUGCCUUUAACGGUAAUUGGAAGUCGGUAUGAUUCCAUGUUUGUAAACUGAAUGAGAACGUUAUCUAAACCACCGAGCGCGAGAGAGAGGGAGAGAGCGCGUGCGAGAGAUUUCUGUUUUUUCCCCUUUUUUUUCCAAUCCUUUAUCUUACGCUCUACAUUAAAAUCAAAGUGUAUAUAUAUACGUGGAUAUAUUCCUGUAAAAAUUAAAAUCAAUCAGCAUGUCUUGAUGUUAUCAGUCCGAAGAGAACUUUAAUAAUAGUUUAUGUGGUGUGCAUUGUGCCACUUAGUUUCUUCUGCACAGACAUCUUUGCCUGACUAAUGAUAAAAUUGAUCAGCUGACAUGUGAACCUGUUCGUUUUGAGUGAUAUUAAUAAAAAACCCUGAAAAGUAAAACCGACCCGAGGUAACAGUCUCUGGCUGAUCACAAUGUGGUCCGUAUCAGGCUAGGUCACAUCCUCCCUGUUGAGAUAAUGUUGAGCCUAAACAUUUGGUUUUAGAGAGCAGUCUACCUUCAUGAACUGACUCGCUAACAAGAGCUGGAGUAACCAUAACUAAUUUGUAUCGGUGAAUCCUAUAUGGGUAUGUGUCUAUACAAUAUCUUAAGCAGUGUAAGUGCGAAUUCUUCUGGCGAAUUCUAUUCUCUGAAUAAUUUCUGCAUGUUUUCUCUUUAAAUGCUGUGUAUAUGUAUGUCCAAUGAUAAGUAAUUAGUAAGAUCAGAUGGCAGUAGUAGUCUGCACAUUUUUAAUUCUUUAUAAUGUGUUGUACGCCUGUUACAGAUGUGAUAUCUGAGUCCGUAACAUUAGAAUAAGGUGAUGAUUUGAUUACUUACUUUUGCCGACAUGUUGUGCUGAUAUGAGUUUGGGAGGUAGUUUAAUUACGGUCCCUUUACAAUAGUGUAGUUUGAAGUGUUUUUUUUUUCCUGAACCGUAGAUUGGUAAAUAGAAUAGAGUAGUUAUGCAAAUAUAUAUAUGUGUGGGUGUGUAUAUGUAUAUACAUAUGUGCUAUACGGUGUGCUAUGGAUAUGUCAUACAAAGUAUACGAGUUACAAUAUUUAAAUAAUACAAAGCAGUGGUCACAAACUCGAGAACCUGUGAAGUGAAUUGAAUUGAUAAUAUGUUAUACAGCAGCUGAGAACUGAUAAAAACUGAGAGCUGUGAACUGGAUGCAGGUGUGUGUGAUCUGGGAAUUGCAGUCCAUGGCAGCCAGCCAUGUUUGUGGACCGCAGUGAAGGAUGGGAAAUGUGGUUUGUGAUAUGAGUAGAUUUAACACUACCUUAAAAUGGUCAAAUACAGUUUAAAUGAAAUGGAUACAAUUAUAGGACGAAUCUUAUGCUUCUUACAAUUGGGUGUUCAGCCAAGGUAACAACUUGGUGGUAAAUUGAAACAAAGCUCACAGAUGAUAAAUUUUAUUUUGGACUAAGUUAAAUACAUAUUCACAUUCCUCCAAAGUGAGCAACAUUUAAUUGUCAUGAAUGACAGUAUUUAAUCUCUGCAGCAAUAUUUCCUGAUUCACGGUGUUGAGAGCCUCUUCUAAAUCAACAGACAGGGAAGUGCAGAGGGUACCGUGACAUUGUUUUAAGACUUUCAAAACAACAGUUGUGCUGAUAUGUUUGUAUGACCUUAGACUUCUUGCAGACUGAUACCAUGUGAACGGUUUACUGAAAAGGCUUUCUACAAGGGACAUAGGCGAGGAGGCCGUGUUAUUGGAUUGUAAUGAUCUAAUAUAGUUGGAUGUCCCUGAUUUAAUAUAAUAAAUAAAUAAAUAAAUAAAUAAAUAAGGAAACUGAUUUCCAAAUUUCUGGUAUAACCCCAUUGUCUAAUGAAAGAUUAAAAUGAUAAAUUGAAAGAGAUGAAAUAAUAGUUUAGAAAUACAGACUCCACACAAUCAGGGCCUUGUGAUGUGUUUAUAUCGAACUUGAGUGAUCUGUAAACAUCACAAGUCUUAACACGUUAAAAACUGAACUCCUCAGAAUUGUUUUUAAUAGCUUACUGCUUUAUUAAAAUCAGGGUAUGAUAAAUAUUCCCUGUUUUAAGGCCUAGAUCUGAUGCAUAAAUUGAACAUUUAAUGAUGGGUUUUGCAGUUGUGUGUUCCCAGUUGCCUGUCUCCAGUUUCCAGUACUAUGGUCCUGUAAACAAUAUCUUCGAUCCUCAGAAAAAGGAUGAAAGGACAUGCCCACUUAGUCUAGCAUUAUUACAGCAAGCUGUGAUAACAAAAGCAAUAAGUUUUGCGAUACAACCAACCCACCCAGUAACCAUUAUUUAUAGUAUGAUGGAUAUAGAAUACAUAUAUAUAGAUAUAUAUGUAUAUAUAUAUAUAUAUAAGAUGUCCCAACUGUAACCUAUAACUGUAAUUCCAUUCCACAUGGUAUUAUUAUUGAUCAGCGCUUUUUUCCAAAUGACUGCAUGUGAGAGCUCAAGGCCAUUAUUCCUCUUAACAAUUCCUAGAUCGGUAGUACACCUGGAAGUGUCUCCUUUGGGGGCUGUGGGCUCCCCUGUGGUGUACUCCUCUGUGGUCAUAGACUCCCUUGCACGCUCCCAAGGCCGUCAGGACAUGAUUGGGGUCAUCCUCCGCCCCAUAAAAGCACAACAAAUGUUCCUGGACGUUAUCAAGUAUGGUCUGCAGUGGAUCACUGAUUGCUCACUAAAGGACAACAUCCCGAGAUCCGGGUGUUCUUUGGACAAGCCUGACAUUGAAUGGAUUAUGUUCUGCACUUGUGCUAUGGCUGGCAAACAAUAACAAAGACUGUGUCUUACAUGUGACUGAAGGGGUUGGGUGCUGCUGGGGGGGUCCCGGCUCAGGAGAAUGGGGUGCUUACAGGGCUGAAAUUUAUGUAUUGAAAACAUUGGAUUUGGUGGCACAAGGAUUGCCAGGCUGGAGAUGCUCUCUUAGUGUGGAUCAUUGGGAAAAUUGCUCUCUCACAUAUCGAUCUUACAUUUAUCACACCAGGUCUUUUCUAUUUUGAAAGAACAUGAUAUGGGGAUAUGGGGUUAAUCGAUGUGCCACCCGAACUAAAAUUCUUAAAUUCUUAAACCUGUUAGUGUGCCUAACUCACCAACUGUAGUGUUGUAGUGGUGUAAUUAAUUCUGUGGAGCCAGUCACUGAGAACACUCACGAUUGCCCAGCCGAAAUUCGUAUUUCGUUGAGCUUAAAAGUUUUGGGUCUGAAAUUUCACAAACAUUAUGAACACCCUGUUCUGCCCAAUUGGCUGAAUUGAAGUCUAUCACUAAAGAGUGCAACUUGGUUAAGGAUGGAAUUGUUAAAAAAAUAUAAAUACUGACGUUUAGGCCCAUGGAUUGUGUCGUCUGUUUGGAGUUGUUUGAAUGCAAUAAGGUUCUAGGGGGAAAAAAAAAAAAAAAAACCCGUUGGAAUGCCACUUAUCAAACAAAUAAUUCAAUUGAAUUCUGACUGCACUUCUUGCUGUAUGUAAUACAGCUGCCCAUGAUCUUAGCCAGUGUGCGAGGGGGAAGGUAGAGGAAUGAACUCUGUACUUGCAGGCAACGGUGGAGGGUCACCUGAAGUGUGCUCAAGAUUAUUAUUUUUUUUUUCCUUGACCAGGGAUAGGUCUGGCAUACCCUGAUUUGUGUUGGAUGCAAUUUGUGCUGAUACUAAACGUAUUUCGGUAGAUGCUCUACCUCUUGCACUAAUGACCUAUCACAUGCAGACUAACAGCAAUAUGUAUCUAACACCGCAUGAAAUGCUUACGGGUCGACCCAUGUCUGUGUCUGUUCCUUAUGAUGGACGGCCGCUGGAGUAAUUGCAGAUGAAUCGAAAAACAUAUAUAAGACCACUAACUAUUAUGUAUGGAGCUAUAUACUCACAGGAACACAGCUAAGUGCAGUGUUAUCAGUGUUAUGUGUGAGGCGUCACCGCCUCAACGGGGGGAGGUGUUCGGAGGUGUUCGGAGGUGUUCGGAGGUGUUCAGAGGUGUUCACCUGGAGGUGGGAGUCCCGGAGCCGCGAGAGAAGGCUGACUACAGGGCAGCAGCGGACUAGAACAUGCAACCCCUGGAGGAUGCUCAAUCCUCCAAUGACGAGAUGGUGGGGAACACGUGAAGGUCCGGUACGAAGCGUCAACGGGGGGUCUGCUCUGUGGCAGACAGGAUGAGAAGAUGUGAAGAUCCAUACCCUGGGUGUACGUGCUAGCCUAACCUCUCCCCAAAGGGUGGCUCUCUACAGUACGUAAAGUGCUUGAGCUGAAGACAACCAGCAUACAGAGAGAUACAGAUACUGCAUACAACAGACUGUCAAGUAUUGGUAUAAAAUGUUAUAAAAUGUUUGUGAUGUGACACAAUCAGGCACAGAAAAGUAUAAUGGUGCUGCCGAGCACAUAGUGCUGGCAGGGUGGGAAUUUUUCCCUCGUAGGAGGUUUUUUCGCCCACCCCUGACUGCGAAAGACUGGGGUUUGGUUUUUGAGGGGAAGCAAGAAUCUGCAGGUCCCGACAAAUACAAAACUGUGGGCUGACAGGCCUAGUUGAGAAAGAUAGGGACGUGUAGAUCAAGUAGUUAGUUACUGUAGUGGCCACUCAUACGUACGGCAGUAGUAGUAGUAAUAAAUGAUUAGGGGAACUCAGUUAAUCACACUUAUAAUCGAUGUAGGCAAACAAAGUAUAAUCAAGGUAGUUAGAUUCAAAAUGAGAUAUAUAUAUAUACAUAGUUAAAAGGAGAAGUAAGUUAAGGGUUAAGAGUUAUGGCUAGGUACAUCUACACAUGUCUCCCACCAGGUCUAAAAAACCUCCUCAGCUCUAUGCGGAUCGGUGUUGCGUAGAAGUGGUUAAUGUAGGGGACCCAUUGGAUUACGGGGACGACGGGCGGGAUUAUGGCUUCGUUAGAGUAAUCCUCCGACAGCUAGUGGGGGACGGCCAUGGGGUGCGGCAGAAUCAGUUCCUCCAUGAUGCUUAAUUAAGGUAUUGUAUGAGGCUUCAUAGCCUCAGAGGGGGAAAUGUUGUGGAUAAAAAAUGUCAUAAAAUAAACAUAAGGGAGGUCCAGAUCCUGAUCCAGGUCCAGUAACGGAGAGAGAGGGGACUGACGACGGGCACCGGCACCUAGACACAUAGAAGCGGGAUUAGGCGGAUUGGAAUUACGAGCAAUUUAAGAGCAGUAAUAGUCAAAAAAGUCAAAAAGAAGUGUACGAGCUGAGGAGUGCUAAAAACACACACACACACACACACACUCGUACAGUCAAGGGCGGGCAAGUAGACACAACAUACAUACACACACACUCUCUUCCUCAUACACACACAUGAAUAACUUUAAUAAAAUCUUAUAGUAAUAGAGAAACUCUAUAAAAAACAGAAUAGUAGGAUAUGCAGGACAGUAGAACUGUAAUGAUAUUAAGAAGUUGGAAGUACAGUAAACCGCUUUACAAGUAGUAUAAAUAUAUAUAAACUAAGAAAUAUAGUGCAAAUAUGAAAAUAAAUUAUAAACGAGAAAUACAGGAAAAAAAGGAAAAUAUAACUUACUCAUGAUUCAGGUGGUGAAGAUUCUCGUCUCGCAAGGAAAGCCUUAAUUUUUAGAGAACCAUGAAGAAAGCCAGUUAUAAGGGUGGCUGGUUCAAAACUGCCCCCCCCCCCCGAGAUAACGAUAAGACCAAGGUCCCUCCCGGUUGUUUAGUCGUCUUGUCUACGUCAUUUUUUUUACCUAGGGAAUUGAGAAUCCUGGUUUCUGACUACCUAGGUAAAUGAGAGUCCUCGUUUUUGACCCCCUAGGUAAAUGAGAAUCCUGGUUUUUGACAACCUAGGUAACUAGAAACUCUGGGUUUUUGUUUCCUGGGUUGUUGGAAAUGCCUGGGUUCUGAUUUUAUGUGUAAAUUAAAACCCCUGGUUUCAAUUCUAUGGGUAAGUGAAAUAGGCCUUUUCUGGAAACCUAUGGGUUAUCUAGUGUGUAAAUACAGUAUAAAUACUGGAGCUUAAGCUCAGGGUAUUGGGAUCACUUUUGAGAAUUCUCAUCGGUGUGGAUCUCGUGUGGUGGAAUGGAACAAUAAAGCUGGACCCUUGCUUCUUCUCACUCACGGCUGGUGUAUUUUUCCUAUCUCCAACUGGGCUCAGAGGUAGAUGUGAGUAUUGGCUUCUAAGUUGAGUUUUAAAUGUUUUUGGGUAAUAGGCUAAAUUCGAGCCAACACUCACCUGUGGAGUGCUGCAGGGCUCCAUUCAUGCCCCAGUUUAAUUUUCCCUUUAUAUGCUUCCUAUAGGUGCUGCAGAUCCAAGAUGGUUUCCACUAAUAUGGUGCAUGUUACGUGUAGCUUACACCAAUUUGGAAACUUUUUAUACAGAUGUACAUUGGAAGCACUGGUGUACAUGUCUAUCAUCGCCAAAUUCUGCUGAACAGUGGAGAACAAAGCUCAGGAGGAAUACACAAUGGACUGCAAAAUGAGCUAUGCGACGUCACGCUACUACGCAAACCAGAAUCUGGGACCUUACCAUCCAUUCUCCUCUCCAAUGUUCACUCUCUUGAUAAUUAACUGGACUUAGUCUGCAGCUAACUACCCAACUUGAAAUCAGGGACUACAGUGUUUUCAUAUUUACAGAAACAUGACCCAAGACAGCAUUCCAGAUGCAGCCAUUCAGCUAACCGGGCUAACCACACAUCGCGCAGACAGGAUAGCAGCACUGUCCGGUAAGAAUCACAGUGGUGGUGGUCUGUGUGUUACAUAAACAAAGAAUGGUGCAGGAAUGACAUUGGGGUUUCAAGCUACUGUUUAUUGCUGGUGGAGUUUAUGACUGUGAAAUGCAGACCAUAUUACCUGCCCAGAGAGUUUACCACCGUGCUCAUUGUUGCGGUGUACAUUCCAACUGGUGCUAACACUAAGGAAGCACUAAGUGACCUCUAUGGGGCUAUCAGUAACUUACAGACAGUGCAUCCUGACGGAUUUUUUAUUGUUGCCUGAGAUUUUAAAUGCGUGAAUCUGAAAUCACUGCAGCUAAAAUUCUACCAGCAUACUGAUUUUGCAACCCAUGGUACAAACAUUUAAUCUCAGCAUUCAGACCACUUCUGAAACGUGCCAAACUGUUUCUGAAACAGGUGAGAACCUGGUCUGAGGGAACCAUCUCAGCAUCUUCAGGACUGUUUUGAGCACACAGACUGGAAUAUGAUCAGAGAGGAUGCUACAUACCACAACAAUACAGUCUUUGAGGAAUACACAGCAUCAGUGACAGCAAGUGCAUAGAUGAUGUAACUUCCUUCAAGACCAUCAGCACAUGUGCAAACCACAAACCAUGGAUAACUGCUGAAUUGUGCUCGCUGUGCAAAACCUGAGACUCUGCCUUCAGGUCUGAUCAGAAGGCAGCCCUCCGCACAUCAAGGCCUAAUCUGUCCUGAGCCAUCAGAGAGGCAGGGCACAACUAUGCAAGAAGAAUCCAGAGUCACUUCAUAAACACCAAGGACAUAAGAUGUAUGUGGCAAGACGCUCAGGCCAUCACAGACUACAAAGCUAUCGCACCUGUCUCUGAUGAUGAUGCCUCGCUCCCAGAUGCCCUGAACAAUUUAUAUGCACGAUUCAAAGCACAGAACAACAUGGCAGCGAGGAAGACCACCCCAACUCCUACCAACCAAGUACUUCGUGUGUCUGCAGUAGAUGUCAGGAAGACUCUGUCCAGAGUCAACCCAUGGACAGCUGAAGGUCCUGAAAACAUACCUGGCCAGGUGCUCAGGGAAUGUGCUGAUCAGCUUGCAGAUGUCCUCACAGACAUCUUCACCAUCAUCCCUGUGCUGAAGAAAUCAUCUGUGUCCUGCCUGAAUGACUAACAGCCUGUUGAACUCACAUCUAUCAUCAUGAAGUGCUUCGAACAGCUAGUCAUGAAACACAUAAAGAGCAGUCUUCUGUUGUGGAUAAAAAUGACAUGAAAUAAACAUGAGGGAGACUUAG